CGUUUAAUGCGCUGUCCAGCACUUCAGCACCGAGCGCUGAGACAGGAGCGCGGUUUGGGGAAUUCGGUGUCGGAAGAAUUCAGGACGACGGAACCGCAUGCACAAACACCCAGACCAACAGAAACAACAAAGCAAGGCGUCGCCGUGUCUGCUCAACGCACUCAUCACCUGCUACAAGCAGCAUAGUGGGAGCCAAUCAGAGGCCAUGUACGAUGGGGCAAAGGUGCCCUCGCCCCAGGACGGUGCCAACGGGUUGCCCCAGCCUGGGGGGUCCUCCAGCAGGCCCAAGCCCGACGAACCCGGGGUGCAGAAGGCGGAGUCUGCGCUGGUGAAACGGGCUCACAGAGAGAUCCUGGACCAUGAGCGCAAGAGGAGGGUGGAGCUGAAGUGCAUGGAGCUGCAGGAGAUGAUGGAGGAGCAGGGGUACUCCGAGGAGGACAUCAAGCAGAAGGUGGGCACGUUCCGACAGAUGCUGAUGGAGAAGGAGGGCGUGGUCACCAGGGAAGGCUCCAGCGGGUGGCAGACAGUUAAUCACACAACCCACGGCACUGAGGGUAGCAGAGAGUGCCUGAGUCCAGCCGAGGGCUGUGGAGACAACUGUGAUUGCCACAUCGACCGCUACGACAGACACGCAGCCAGUCACAGCGAUUACAGUCCACAGUCAAGAGUGAAGAGGAAAUCAAGCAGCUCGGCCUCUCCUCUGCCAAAGAAGAGGAAGAAGAAGAAACAUAGUCGACGGUUCCACAGCACUUCCCCUCCCCGGAAAGACAAGAAGAAGAAGAGCGGGAGGAAGCACAAGCGAUACAGGUCUGCGUCAGGUUCCAGAAGGAGGCAGCGGCACAGGUCUGGGAGCCCAAAGAACACAAGCAAGGGCAAGAACAAACAGAGAAAGAGGUCCCCCGGGGUCUCUCCCAGCGGGGCAUCACAUCACAGAGGAAGCUGCUGCAGCUCUCUCAGUGCCUCUGGAGACAGACUCUCUCCCGCCUCCAGCAGGCAAAGCUCCAGGCCGCGAGCAGGCAGCCACCGCGCCCGCGGCAGCAGUAGCUCCAGCCCCGGCGGGCCUCCGCCCCUGUCCCCAACCUGCACCUCUGACCCCGCCAAAGUCUGGCAGAACGGGCAUCACCAUGGCAACAGGGCCGGCGGGGACGGCGAGUCCAACAGCCACGCCAAGGGACACAAAUCGCAGGAUAGGAAAUCUCUGAUGGUCCUGGAGUCCCUUUUGGAAGAGCUGACUCUGGUCGUGUUCGCCACCCAGGUGCCUCUCACCCAGCUGCGGGUCUCCAUUUUCACCCCUGUCUCUCACCUCUUCUGCCAUUCUCCACAAACCACCAUCUCUGCAUUUUUCAACAAGAAACUACACAAAAAAAUCAUCCUGCAAGCUGACCUUGAUGGUCAGUCUUCUAAGGCCUUCUUUCUUCUUUUUUUUUUAUUUUUUUUGUUUCUCGAACUUCCCCCACAGAAGAUUGAACCAGUCACAGCUAAUUCAAACCUGCGGGCUUCAGUGUCACCGCAGCAGGAAGGCUCAGUGGUGCAGACUGGGUUACCUGUCCCGCCAGGAGACGCUUCCUCUGGAGACGAGAGACGCCGGGGUGUGAAGCGGUCCCCCUCGUUGUCCUCUGGUAAAAGUGGGGGUCGGAGAAGAGUCACAGCGAGGAGAUCCCGUUCUUCCGGCCACAGCAGUGACUCCCCCCACUCCCACCACAGCCAGGCACAGAGGAACAAAGGGGGGCAUCCGAAAAAGGCGAGAGGCGGCCGCCCAUCCCGCCGGCACCGGCGCAGACGGGCGCGGGCCGGUCACCGGAGCAGCUCGGCGUCCCCCGCGAGGCGCAGCCGGCACACGGGCCGGGGCAGGAAGAGCAGCAGCUCCCGGAGCGGCAGCUACUCCCGUUCCCGAUCCCACACCCCGUCCCGGACCCGAUCUCGCUCCCGUUCCCGAUCUCGCUCCCACCAGCGCAGCAGCAGGGCCGAGUCCCCGCACGGCAGGCAGAAUAACUCCAGGGAGAAGGACAGUGAAGGACACGCUCCGCACACCGACACCGAGGGCAGGUCUCGGCAUCGCUCGCGGACCUACUCCCCCAUCCGAAAGAGGAGGAGUGACUCCCCCAGCUUCAUGGAGGCGAGGAGGAUCACCAGCGCUCGCAAGAGGCCCAUCCCGUAUUACAGGCCCAGUCCAUCCUCCCCCAGCUCUCUGAGCAGCUGCUCCACCAUGCGCAGCUACACCGGGAGCCCCCGCCGCAACCCCAGCAGCUACUACAGCGGAGGCAGCUCGGAGAGGAGCGGCGGCUUCUGAGGGACCACGCCCACCUGCCCCGCCCUGCCAUACCCCACCCACUCUCCCCCCGGACACAGCGUCACCAUGCCCUGCCCGUCCUGAGGCCCUGUGCUCAGGGUUGGAGGAAACUCACUGAGCACUCAGUGGUCCAAAAGGGAUCAAAUCUGGAAUCGACACCAGGCACCAGGAGAUAAGAUCAUCAAACCACCAACAAGUCAGGGGAAGAUGAGAACAGACGGAGUAAAUGUAUGAUGAAUAAAUCUUUCCAUGCUCCUUUCUGCCAGUGCUUAGCCAGCCAUCCUGCUGUAGGAUGAGUGUUUUUAGCUUUGUCUUUUACUUAUAAUGUCCCUUCAGGAGUGCCGUCUCCCUCGAGUUUUAUAUCACUGUGGAGCCAGGAUCACAAAGGGGAAAUGUGUAUUGACUUUACCUCAUUGGUUUAAUGGCCCACAGGCAGGUUGUUUCCAGAUUGAUGUUGAGUCUGAAGAACAAAGCACUGGAUCGGUGGAGCUAAUUUUCUCGUCCCCUGACUCUUUGACUGAGAAUAGAAACAGAUGAGCUCAUAUGAGACAGUUCUGAUUUGACUGAGGCGCUUCUCUCUUUAGAAACCUCCCUCCAACUCAUCUCUGUACCUCCUUUUUUUGAAAGACUGUUCCUCAACACUGACUUCAUUCUGUAUUCUCUCUCUGUCUCUCAUUUCCUCAAAAGUGCUGUCCAGUUUGAAGCAAGCAAAGCAGGGCGAAAUAUAGGCAGAAAUUUUUGUGUCAAAACUAAGGAAAUUUAAAAAUUUGUAAACUGUAGUUCUGCUUCCACAAGAGCAAGAAAAGCAGUCUUUUUUUGUUAUAUUGUCAGAAGCAGGGAGAUCAACUAUCACAAGAACAAAAAAAAAAAAAA